AUGGUGCCGCACGGUAUUCAGCUCUCCACACUCAAGGAGUGUCUCCAGUUCCUGAUGUGGUUGAAUGGUAAUAGUGAUAUGCAAGAUCAGGUGUCUCAAAAUCUGCAUUAUCGUAUUCGUAAGUAUUUCACAAUUGAUAAACUCACAUUACCUAACGUUAAAGCCGCACUGUCCGAUUUCCUUGAGAAAUCUUCUGCGUUUUAUAUGAGGCUAUGCUACAAACCACAGCCUUGGGAAUAUAAACGGGAAAGACCGGAUCAAAUAUGCAACGCCCUUCUAGAGUGUAUGCCCAAGUUCCUCGCCGUUAUGUACUUUUUGUGGUACAAUGUGGAUCCGACUUUCUCACAACUUGAUGGCGGUGGUUGGAAACAGAACUGGCCUGGGGCGUUAACGGGUGCUUGGUGGUGGAACCGUCAUUGGGGCGGUGACCUCGACAAGUAUCUCUAUGCGGAAUCUGGCGACACAAAGCACGGCGUCAUCCCAGGUGGAUUCACAUCUGGCGAUCAGGUGAAAUAUAGCUCACUUGGGAGUGGCUACUACCAGGGUUAUGCCAUGGCUGAUGACAUUGAUAAGAUUGUGAGCAAAGGACAACACCAUGAUUUUUUCCGGGACGUCUUUGUGACUUCUGUGCUCUCCACAGACCAUGGCACCGCUACUCCGAACACGGCGAACGCUCUUCGCUUGGUGAGAGUGUUGUGCCAAAUUGUUGAAGAUGAGAAGCAAGGUGACGGCGGUGAGUUAAAAUCAGCUUUGGAACGUGGCCUUAGGAUGAUAACAACAAAAAAUUCCAUAUGCUGGGAGGAUCUAAAAAGGCAUUGCGAUCACCUUACAAAGCAGUUUAAAACAAAAUUGUUUGCCCAAAGGCACUUCGACCACACCGGGCAGGGGAUGGAUACAAAAUAUCUUGACACAAAGGAAUUUGCAAGCAAAACGGCGGAUUGGUUGAGAGGGAAUCUGACCUUUGUGCGGAGAAAUUUAAGUGAAAUUAAAAUAGAUAGCAGCCUCAACAAUCAUCUUGGAGAAUACUUCACGACAAACCUUUUCCCAUUUGGUUUUACACUUUAUAAUGGAACUCGCUUCCAAAUGACGCCAAAUGAUGUGCAGAAUUUGAGAAAAGAUUGGCGUGAUGUAAUCGAAGAGUUUAGGAGAGGGAGUGACAACGAUCUGGAUAAGCUUAGAGAUAUUUUGAGUGGAACGUAUCAAGGAAAAUGUGAAAAGCAAGAGCCCCCGACACCAAAAGCGGAGGGAGCACAGAACCAGGGCAAGAAGGUGGAGGGAGGGCAAAAUCAAAAAACUUCUCCACCCCCUCCAUCUCCAUCCCAACCACCACCCUUAUCUCCCGAUCAAGGGUCUACUAGGUUUCCAAGGCCUCCAGCGUCACAAGAUGUAAAGUCUUCUGCUGCAACUCCGUCUCCCGGUGAUCAAGGAGGUACAGGCCCGGUAGGGCCUAAAGGUGAUAAGGGUAAUCCAGGACAGCAAGGGCCUAGUGGAGCUACAGGUUCGCAAGGGGCUACUGAUGCAGUGACUCCGCAUCCUUCUCCGGCUCCAGGUUCGUCAAGUAAUCAAGACGUUCAUGUUCAACAAGUUGUUCAACCUCCACCUCAAGGCUCCGUAGUAUUGCAAGCGUCUCCCCCUCAACCGCCUGCUCCCCCUCUUCCUGGCUCCUCUGGCCACCCUCCUAAGCCAGGUGGUCCGGGUGCGGGUCCACCGGCCGGUGCUGCUCCAAGUCUAAACCCUGGUUCCCCUCAAGCCGCUGUGCCUCCUCGGAUUCCGAGCGUUACAGGUUCAAACACUGAGACAACUGGUGGUCAGGGGACUGCGAAAAAUGCUGGUCAAAAUGUUGGUAACGGCCCUACUCAACCAACAAGUCAAAGCUCCGAUCACGGUUCAAGCGGCGGCGGUACUGCUCCGGGUGCCACGGGGCCUGGUUCAGGUGGAGGGAGUCCGCCGGCUAAAAAGUGUAAAGAUAGUAACUUUAGUACGCUGUGGACAAGUCCCACGGAUUACUGCGUCCCAAAACGUACAUUCCGUAAGCCGCAUCCCUUCAAGUUCAAGAAUCCUAAAGCUCUCGAUAUAAUCCAUGAGCAGACCAAGAAUUAUUCACAGCCAACACCUCACAAUGUUGAUCCACAAGAUAACCAUAUAGCUCCUCCCAAGACCUAA